AUGCAUAUGAGAGAACCUGAAAACCCUGCCAAGAGGAGUACGCCGGCAAAGUCACCCUACCAACCUAGGAGCCCAGAUGCUAGUGUUGCUGAAGCUGAAAUCAUGUCCUUGAACAUACCUACCAGUGCUUUGAAUCCGCCGGGAAUUCAACGAGUAGUAAUGGAGCAUGUGGUAAGAACCAGUGAUUCCAUGACUUCUUCACAUGUUUCCUUUUGUCUCAAAGCCUUCUCAGGAAGAAUUCCUCGCCCCAGCCAUGAACCAGAUUUUGACACCUGCCGUGCGAGUGUGGACUUCUUAUUGAAUGAUCAGUCUCUCUCUGAUUUGCACAAAACUGGGAAAGUUCUUGACAGUCUGCUGCCUCCAGCUUCGGAUGUCGUCAAGCACGUCGCUCCAUUUGCCUCGGCUUUAGAGUGUUUGAAGCUGUUGGAGUCUGUUUAUGGCUCAGUGGAAGACGGAGACGAAUUGUUUGCAAAGUUCAUUGGUGCCCUGCAAAAUCAAGGAGAAAAACCUUCCACCUACCUCCAUCGCCUUCAUGUUAUGCUUAGUGCUGCGAUUAGACGAGGUGGUGUUGCUGAGGCUGAAAGGAACCGUUGUCUCCUUAAGCAAUUUUGCAGAGGUUGCUGGGACAACAGCCUAAUCACUGAUCUACAGCUAGAAGGAAAGAGAGUCACACCUCUUUCUUUCACUGAAUUUGUGGUGCUUGUCCGCAUUGCGGAAGAUAAGCAAUCUCUUAAAGAAGAAAGGAUGAAGAAACACCUUGGACUGAACAGACAUGCUCCUGUUCCACUUAAGUUACGGGCAAGUGCAAAGCAGAAGUCAGCCAAGUCAAAAAGUAAAGUUGAAAAGUCUGAAGUGGAAAUCCUGAAGAAGGAAGUUUCAAAACUUCAAACCCAGAUCAGUAUGAUGAAGACAGAGCCGGUUUGCAAAGAAAGGAGGAGCCCUACUGUAGAGGAGUUCUCUGAAUUGAGACACCAGAUAGCUGAGCUCCAAGCUAAUUUCAUUCCAAGACUUCAAAGGGAACGUCAAGAGAAGUCUCCAGCUUUGCACACUUUUCCUGCGAAACACCAAACCAAGCCAAUGGGGCCUGAGAUGAAUACGAGUUUUAGACCAAUCGGGCAGUUCCACAGCAGACCCCGUCCUGGUUAUUGCUUCCAUUGCGGAGACGAUGGACAUCUUGCUGUUAACUGUGAGAAUGAUUCGAACUCUCACAAAGUUGAAGAGAAGCGACGCGAGCUAAGAGAGCGACAGGCCAAAUGGGACCUCCAGAAUGCUUCCAACUUGAGGCCUUUAAACUGA